AUGGAGUAUUUAUCUUCAAAAAAAUCUGUCGGUGUAUGGAAUAGUAUUUCCAACACCAAAAAAUCUCUUGGCAAUUUGGGAAUUGAGAUUCACGAUCUGUUUGGUAUCAACAUCAAGUCAGGGAACAAUGCUCUUUUUUGGUACGACCACUGGAUAGGUGAUAACAGCUUAAAAUCAAAAUAUCCCAAUCUAUUUGAAUUGGAAUCACAGAAAAGGUGCAGGGUUGCUGAUAGGGUUGGGAGUAGGAAUCACAAAUGGAAGUGGAAAGUUAGACCUGCUACUAGAGGGCUAGAAUCUGAAGUAAAUGACCUGAACCGUGAUGUCUCUAACGUUCAAUUAAAAUCUGGGAUGGACCAAUGGAGGUGUAAUCUGUCAUCGGACGGUAUAUUCUCGGUGGCAACUGUCCGACAGCUGGUAGACAAGCUGCAUACGGUUUGCUCAGUUGCCCCUGCGAUUACAUGGAACAAAUUUAUACCGAUUAAGGUUAUAUGUCUCAUGUGGCGAGCUGCGCAGCUACGUAUUCCAACUGCCACAGCCUUGGAACGGAGGGGUAUUGCUGUCAGCUCAACAUUAUGUUGUUCAUGUAUUGGUAGUCCAGAAUGUGCUGAUCAUGUGUUAAUCAACUGUCCAUUCGCUCACAAGAUCAGGUCCUACAUUUGGAGUUGGUGUGGGCUUACUAAUGUGCAGGAUUCUAUCAAAACCAUUAGUGACCUGAUACAAUUUGCUAGCAAUUGGGGUGAGAACAUAAAGAAACGGCAACGAUUCAUUGUGAUUUGCUAUGGCAUGCUAUGUAAUUUAUGGAGAUUUAGAAACAAAAGACUAUUUCAAAUGGAGGGUAUUUCUGUCCAUAGGGGUUUGGAAUGUAUCAAAGUUAUGACUUUCUAUUGGAUUAAACAUAGAGGUGAUAAGAAAAUUUGUAGCUGGGAGGAUUGGGCUAUAUCUUCAUUUUAUGAUUUGUAA